CGCUGACGGCUGCGGGCGGCGGCUCUAAGGCGGCGGCAUCCGGGUAGGGUCCCGGCCCGGAGCGGCAAUGCUGCAGCUGCGGGACUCGGUGGACUCAGCGGGCACGAGCCCCACGGCGCUGCUGGCGGCUGGCGAGGAGGUGGGGCCGGGCAGCGCGGGCGGGGUCCGGGCGGGGGCGGGUACGCCGCUGCGCCAGACGCUGUGGCCGCUCAGCGUCCACGACCCCACGCGCCGCGCCCGCGUCAAGGAGUACUUCGUGUUCCGGCCGGGCACCAUUGAACAGGCGGUGGAGGAGAUCCGCGCCGUGGUCCGGCCGGUAGAGGAUGGCGAGAUCCAGGGGGUGUGGCUGCUGACCGAGGUGGACCACUGGAACAACGAAAAGGAGCGUCUGGUGCUGGUCACUGACCAGUCGUUGCUCAUCUGUAAGUACGACUUCAUCAGCCUUCAGUGCCAGCAGGUGGUCAGGGUGGCACUCAGUGCAGUGGACACCAUCUCCCACGGAGAGUUCCAGUUUCCCCCCAAAUCUCUGAACAAGCGAGAAGGCUCUGGGAUUCGCAUCCAGUGGGACAAGCAAAGUCGCCCUUCUUUCAUAAAUAGAUGGAACCCCUGGUCCACGAACGUGCCCUAUGCCACUUUCAUAGAGCACCCGAUGGCUGGUGUGGAUGAAAAGACAGCCUCUCUGUGCCAGUUGGAAAGCUUCAAGGCUCUGUUAAUCCAAGCUGUCAAAAAAGCCCAAAAAGAAAGUCCUUUGCCAGGACAAGCCAACGGUGUGCUGGUCUUGGAGCGCCCCCUGCUCAUUGAGACCUACGUGGGACUGAUGUCCUUCAUCAACAACGAGGCGAAACUGGGUUAUUCCAUGACUCGAGGCAAGAUCGGCUUUUAGACGGUGCGGCGUGGGAGCAGUCUCCAAGCUCUGUCAUGGCUUUAAGCUCACUGGCAUGGAUUCGACCAGGACACCGUGGCCUGUCCAAGUUGAAAGGCUGUCUCAGAGUACAUCCAGGUCUUCAGCCUGUACUUGCAGUCUUGUAGUAAAGAUGUUUAGAACCAAAUGGAUGUUGCUCCUUUUUUGAAGUUACUGUCAUUAAAAUCUGCCCAGCCAAGGAAGCAGCUCAUCAGUGAGUCUUGAAGGCUGAGAGCUUGGAAGGUCUGUCCACGGGCUUUGCACAAGCAGUAACAGGAUCCUGCCUGGCACGGUCCUCCAUGAAAGAUAGGUGCUGUCAGCUGUGCAGCCCACUCAGCGCCCCUGGUGUUUCUGCCACUGCCUGCCAGGGAUCAUCCCCUUGAGGGGGACCCUGGCCUCAGGUGUUUGCCCCCCACAUACUCCAAAGUACACCCUGCCUCAGAGGCCAGGCCACCCUACAGAAAUGCACCCGUGCCUUUCUGAAACCACCAAUGACUGGAAACAAUCCAGAGCAGGCCAGGGACAGCCACCAGGCAAGGUGGGCUGUUACACAGCAUUGUUCCUGGUCCCCAGAUGAACUGGCAACUCGGACUAACUGGGAAACCUGCCUGGGACAGCCUUUCAAGAAAAUAAGCAUCUAUGUUUUAUAAAUUAACAAAUAUUUAUUUUAAAUAAUGAAAAUUACAGCUUUAUAUUGCACAUAUUUACAAAAACCCCUUGCUAUAGAAAAUCAGGAUCAAGUCACUGAGCCGGACAUCAUGGCUGGAGAGCUCCCAGAGGAACCCCCAUCCCCCACAUCAGGGACAUGGAAUUCCUGCUGAGGGUUCCACACAGAUCCUAUGCAUGGCUGUCCCGCUCUCCCAGAGCUGUGUGGAUCCCCUCCUCAGUGUCCAGGAAGCAGAGACAGAAGUGAUCCUUACUGAGGAGGGCCAAGGAGUCCCCACUGGAAUGCCAGCACAGAGAAAGCACCGGAAAGUCACCUAGAGAGAGACAAGGUGGCCAAAGGAUUAGAGCUGAGAGACCAGGAUUCCUGGGGAGGGCAGCUUGUAUCCCACAGGCAAGAAGGGACCUGGGUGACCCAGAUGGGUGGAGUUAGGCGGAGCCCGAAGCCACCGUCCAUCCUAUGAAGCUCAGAGUGGCAGGUCCUGUCAGGUGUACAGGAAGUUUCCUGAAAGGUGUGGAGGGGUUCCCCUUCUCUGCAGCUGGGCCAUCUCGUGCCAGCCGCGCCGGGGGCUGCGGGUCCUGCCCACAAGGUUGCACUCACCCUCCCCAGGCACCUGCACUGACACGCAGCCUGCUGGGGACCACAGGUAGACCUUGCUGCUUCCUGUGCAGAUGGCCAGCCGAGGCUGCUGUGGGUCCCACAGGAAGGAGCGCACUGGGGCCAGCUGCUCUAGCACCACAAAGAGCCUCAGCUUCUGGAUGUCCCAGACCCAGACAGCGUUGGGGACAUUAUCUGGGAAGGAAGAAAUGACAGGGCAUCAUGUCAUUAAUGCACUGCUGGCCCUACACAGCCCAGCUCCUCUGCAAGCAAGCCCUGGAGUAGUCAGGGUUCCUGAGCCUGCUUCAGAGAGACCAGGGUUCCAGAGCAAAUCGUAGGCUUCAAAGACCAUACUCCAGUGUUCUUUGGCUUUGUUGUAAGGGUUGCAAUAAUUUUUAAAAACCAGGCCCACAGGGCAGACUAAGGAGGAGGUACGCAUAAGCAGGGGCCAGGGCACUGCACCGGCCUGGUGCCUCAGCAAAGAUGAGGCCACCCUGAGAGGCCUCUGCAGCAGGACCCAUCUCAACCGGCAACGAGGAGCCCACGCAGGGCCCCUCACUCGCUUUGCCUCUCCCGUGGUGUCGGCCCCUGGAGCCCCAGGCACGGCGAGCAGACACCAGCGCACUGACCGUUCCUUGUGGCCAAGAAGUAGCUGUCGGCACUGAAAGCCAGCAUCCCCACGCCCAUCCUAGGGUUCGCUCUGUCGGUGGCUGGCUUCAGGCUCUGCAAAGAAACUGGCACAGAGGCGAUCUCAUCUAGAACAUCACAAGGGAGACACGCUGAGCUCGCCAGAGUCUGCUAUAGCAGGGGAGGGGCUCAUCAGAGGGAAGGGAGAAACCACCUGGAAGUAGGAGCACGGAGGCCUGGGGCACUCCCCCCAGGGGAAGCAGGGCCACUGCCGGCCAGGUCUGGCCCGCUCCGGGUCUGCCCAGCACAAGCUGCCCUCACAGCAGCUCCAACACCUCGGCAUUUGUUUUCUCAGCCCGUCAACGUCUUGGUUCACAGUCUGCCUCCAGCUCAACUCCAU